GGACCAUUUUUGUAAUUAACUCAAUUUAAAGAUUGCAGUCAAGAUGUUUGCUAUAUCCCUCCACUUUUAGCUUCACUUUUCCAUAUAUUCUGUUUACAAUAUUUCUCUGUAACCCGAAGCUGUUCUGUAAUGAGAAUCGAUGUUCUGAUGGAAUGGGAGAAACAAAACGUUGUGCAAGUUGCAGAUGAAGUUAAUAACGGAGUAGUGAAUAAUGGAGGAGUUUUUGUGAAGGUGAUGACAGAUGAACAAAUCGAAAUCCUUCGCAAGCAGAUCGCUGUUUACGCCUCCAUUUGUGAACAACUUAUCCAUUCCCACAAAUCUCUUACUCUUCAACACGAUCUUGCAGGGGCGAGGUUCGGAAAUCUGUAUUAUGACCCCUUAAUGACCCCUGGAGGCCAUAAAAUUACUGGCAGACAGCGGUGGACUCCAACAGCGGUUCAACUUCAGAUGCUUGAGCGUAUAUUUGAUCAAGGGAAUGGAACUCCAAGCAAACAGAAAAUCAAAGAGAUAACAUCUGAAUUGUGCCCACAUGGCCAGAUUUCUGAGACUAAUGUUUAUAAUUGGUUUCAAAAUAGGCGUGCUAGAUCAAAAAGGAAGCAACAGGCUGCACCACCAAAUACUGCAGAACCAGAAGCAGAGACUGAUGCUGAGUUGCCAAAUGAAAAGACAACAAUUCCAGAUGAUUUUCAGACUCAGCACGUCCCAAGUUCAAAGGUUGAAGAUCUGAGCUUCAAAAACCCUGGGGCUAGUUCUGCAAUGAAUUCUAUGGAUCCACCACAAACCAGGAAGCCUGAAAGCAUGCUGCCUCCAGAAGGCUUUUUGAAGCAUGGUGGGAGUUUUGGUCAGGUGCCGUGUGGAAACAUGUUAUCUAAUCCAGGAAUAGACCACUUGAUUGGAAAAAUGGAAGUUCCAGAGGACUAUGAUUCUUACCUUCAACCAGACGACUUCAACAUGACUGGCUAACAACCUAUUUUCGUCGUAGUGAUGUUUCUUCUUGACCUCGGCAACCUUUGUUCUCAGAAAUACCACGACCGCACAUGAAAUGCUGAAUUUGUUAUGUUGUUGCAGUCGUGAUUAUCGGAGUGCAGUAGUUGCUUUUUUAGUAAAUUGAAGUUUGUUUCCAUUCCUUGUACCCGAUCCUUGAUGAUCUGUUCGGUUGUUUCGUUUUCUUGCAUCCCUUGUAUUGAUAAAUAAUGGUUGUUCUUGUUAAGAACAAGUGUUUGAUUUUAUAUUUAGAUUUCAAUAAAGAUAUCCUCCGCAAUUUUUUCACGUA